UCUUUUACAAAAUAAAGUUUCCGGGAAAGAAAAAAAAAAUAGUGAUCGAAAUUCGAUUUGCGAAGAAGAAGAAUGAUCAGCUCCAUUGCAUCAUCCCUUUCUCUCCUCUCUUCGUCUCCCCAUAACAAACUCUCCAUCGAUCUCCGAUCGUAUCCGAGCCCUAAACAGAGGAGAUGCUCUGUUCUUUGCUCCGGCGUCAGAACCGCUGCUAAGCGGCAGAGUCGGGAUUUGUCCGCAACCGAAGCUAGGGUUUCUCUCGUUCUCGCUCUCGCCUCCCAGGCCUCCUCCGUCUCUCAACGCCUUUUGGCUGAUUUGGCUGUGGAGACGGCGAAGUAUGCGUUUCCGAAGAGAUUCAAAAGCUCGAAUCUGGAAGAAGCGCUCAUGUCUGUUCCGGAUCUGGAGACGAUGAACUUCAGAGUUCUAAGCAGGACUGAUAGAUACGAGAUCAGAGAAGUCGAGCCUUAUUAUGUGGCGGAGACUACAAUGCCAGGGGGGAAUGGAUUCGACUUCUACGGUGCUUCCAGGUCUUUCAAUGUCUUAGCUGAGUACCUCUUUGGUAAGAACACGGUGAAUGAGAAAAUGGAGAUGACGACUCCUGUUGUUACUCGUAAAGUCCAAUCCGUUGGCGAAAAGAUGGAGAUGACCACUCCAGUUAUAACUAGGAAGGCGAAAGAUCAAACCCAGUGGCAGAUGUCUUUCGUCAUGCCAUCAAAGUAUGGUUCAGAUUUGCCACUGCCAAAAGAUCCUUCGGUCAAGAUUCAGGAGGUGCCACGGAAGAUCGUUGCUGUUCUCGCCUUCUCAGGAUACGUGACCGAUGAAGAGACUGAGAAACGGGAGCAAGAACUAAGGCGAGCUCUUCGGAAUGACAAGAAGUUUCGAGUGAGAGAUGGAGUUUCAGUUGAAGUUGCACAGUACAAUCCACCAUUCACUCUCCCGUUCACCCGCCGCAACGAGGUCUCCCUCGAAGUGGAAAGCAAAGAGUAUUAGCACCUUCACUGGUACAUACAGACGUAUAUACACACACACAGGCACUUGUAUACACUUUUUAAAUAAUGUUGUGUUACUUAAAAGACAAAACGCGUUUACUUGAAUAGUUGAAUGUGAGUGUAGUAAACCAUUAUGGAUCUUUUACUUUA